GGGAAGGCGCUUCGGUUACUAAAGUUAUAAUGGCGGCUGAUGGCGGUGUUGGCAUCGCACAACAAAUUGUACAGUGAAAUCUAGCUAUUUGCUACGAAAUACAACAAAGCGAAAUUGUAAUAAAAUUAAUUAAUUACUUUGGUGUCCGCAAGUUUGUUUACUUCAAUUAUUUGAAUUUACAAAUUAGUAGUUUGAUAGAAAACCCGCGUUAACGGCGUGUAAUGAGUGAUUCGGAUGAUACUGAUAUUUUGCUGUUAAUACCACCAAAUUACUUUGCCACUGCUACGCCCGAGGAAUUGAAAGAGUUUCACACAAUUAAUUCGGCUGCAAUUAGUCCAAUAACUGCAGUUAAUUGGAAUGAAAUAUUUUUGAAUGUAUCAAAUAGUGAUACACCUCAUUCAGAGAAACAUCGUCAUUCAAUGGAUGUAAAUCUUACAGAGUCUAAAAAUUAUAUGGAACCCGCAACUCAGAAAACUCUUGAUGUGCUAGCUGCAAAUAGAAGCGCUGAAUUGAAAGAAAUUAAUUCGCGUUUGAAAGUAAUGGAACGUGAAAAAGAUUACCAUUUUAUAGCACCUUCUGAUAUAUCUACGAUAUCAAAUAGCACACAAGCAGAGCGCAAUAAAAGGGAGGGUCUGGUUCACUCUACCCCAAAAUGCUUGCCUGGUACUGAUCGGCUUUAUAAUAACGACGCUGGAAGUAUUUUAACAGAGAUUGAUCAUUUUUUGGGUGACCGAAAUCGAGAGCAAGUAACUAAUGCAUGUUCAAUUUCAAAUCAGCAAGUUCCGGACAAUUCAGUUGCAAAUGAAAAAACACAGACCACAAAAGAUAAUCGUUAUCAAUUAACUUAUCCAGAAAUGAGAGCGACUCUAUGUGCAGAUACGAAUCUAAUUAGUUUAAGUGAGAUCUGGGGCAAAAGCGGGCAGGGAACUGCUAUUUCUUGCACUGCUCCACAACAUUCCGUGCAUGUAGAAGAGCAACUUCGGCGCCAGCAUCUUGAGCGCACCGUACAUUCAUUACAGACGCGUCUUCUAGAGUAUCAACAAAGGUUGUCGGUGGCCAUAGAAGUAGAUCGUGCCAAAGAUGCAGCAAUCUGCAAUGCGCAAUCCGUUUGUAAUGGAUUAGAUGCAGAAGUUCAUCAAUUGCGAGAAAAUGUAGCAACACUGAAGGCAGACAAGGCAGAGUUUAACAUUAAAAUGGAAUCACUUCAAAAAGAAUUGGCGCAAGCUGUAAAUUUAGUAACUAAAUUUCAGGACAAAAGUGAGAAGCUGGAAAAUGAGCUCAUGACCUCAUCCAAGAAGACUAAUGAAUGUACUAAUAUGUAUAAGCAACAAAUAGAGGAGCUUGAGGUGAAGAUUCAUGGGUUCAAAAGAUCGGAGGAAUUUGCUACAAACGAAUUGAAUAAAUUUAAAGAUAAACUUGUGAAAGUGGAUUAUCUAAAUGAAAAGCUCAAAACACGCUGUGAUGAUUUGGAGAAAGAUUGCGCUACAUUGAGAAAUCAAAAAGAAAUAUUGCAAGAGCUUCAACAAAAGCAAAAAUCCCGCGCCGAUACGUUAGAAACCCAGAAAAAAUCUUUGCAGGAAAAAGUAGUAAAUCUAUCAGAAAGUGAAAUGAGUUUAAAGAAAAAAAUGGAGCUUCAACAGAAAACUCUAAAAUCCCAUUACCAGCAGCAGCUAGAAAAUGCUGUUGAACAGAAAAUGAAAGAGUUUCAACAGCAGUUGGAUAAGAAUGAAGAAAUACUAAAACUGGAAGCACGUGAACGUGAACGUUUAAUCGCUGAGCGGGCCGUCAAGCAAAUAGAACUUAUUAACGAAAAAAAUGAGAUGGAACUCAAUUUACUGCAAGAAAAACAUAAAGAAGAAGUGGAGUUGUAUCGCAUUCAACUUGCGAAUGCCUCCAAGAAAAUUGAAGACCUAAAUAACAAAUUGAGCGCUUAUAAAGCCAAAAGAGCUGUUAUAGCGGAAAAACUACAUGAUGUUAUGGAAGACCAGUGGCAGAAAGCGCUAGAAAUUUUAACGUCACCAAGCAAUCAAUCGCAGCAAAUAAGUAAUAAUAAUACAGACUGUGAAUCCAUGGUAAAUAAUGAGAAUGAUGCAUGUAAAGACGAAAGAUAUUUUGAAACACCCAAAAAGGAUAAAGUGCGAGAUAGGAUAUUGAGAAUUAAAGAAAAUAAUCUAAAUAAUGUCAACGAGCGGAAAGCUUCACCAGAACCAAUUGACAGACUGCAAGCAUAUAUUGAACUGCUACUUAGCAAGUCACCCAGUGAAUUUGAUAAAUUGGAUGAAAUUUUAGCGCUGGCUAAUAAGUCCAAGAUGUCGACAUUGAAUACUAAAUUGGAUAAAUCUGAUAAACGUUUGAAUUGCUGCAAACCACCUUGGCGCGGAUGAAAAACUUUUAUAAGAGUGUUAUACACCCAUCAAAGUACAAAGUUUAACCACAUCCGCAUUAUUGAAACGAGUUUGUUCGUGAUCAUGUCGGGAAAAGUUUUUGAAAAACGAAAUUCAACCUAUAUUGCAUAAAAAGUAUUUAAUCCUAUACUAA